AUGACCAAAGAAAAUAGCUCCAAGAGCAAUGUGGCGGGACCCCAGGGGAUUACAUUCUCUGGAGAAACAUUCUCAGUUCCACCAACCCAUGAUAUGGUGAAAACGUUGUUUGAUCCCUCAAUCCGCAAAUCUAAUCUAGAAAUUUUGAUUUUGGUUUGUUUGGUCCUUAACUUUUUGGUGUUUUUAAUUCCAAAUAAUUUGUUGAGAAUAAAGAUAUAUAUUGGAUUAUAUGUGAUCUGGAGAUUGUCUUAUAACUUUGGAAUUGGUUGGCUUUUACAACAACAAUCUCAACAUAGCAGGUUAGUUAAUUGGUCCAAGAAUUUAAGAUUGUUUGAUAAAUCAAACAACGGUUUAUUGGCUCGUUUAGUUCAAAACGAAGUCAAGAGCCAAAGAGGUAGAGACUAUGAUGUCAACUCAUUACCAGUUGAAUUUAACACUUGGUUAAUAUUCAGAAAGUUUGUUGAUUUAGUGUUGAUGCUGGAUUUCACAACUUUUAUUCUUGUGGUUUAUACUUGUGCAAUUGAUGACAAUUACCAGUUUAUUCAUGGACAAUCAUGGUGGUUAAUAUACUCUCGAAUUAUUGGAGGAUCAGUACUUAUUGUAUUCAACUACUGGGUUAAAGUUAACGCCCAUGAUACUAUUAAGGAUUAUGCAUGGUAUUGGGGAGACUUCUUUUUCCGUCAAAUUAACAAUGAAGAUUUGAUUUUCGAUGGUGUGUUUGAAAUGUUCCCACAUCCAAUGUACUCUGUUGGUUAUAUCGGAUACUAUGGGUUUGCCUUGAUUGCUAAAUCUUACACAGUCUUGGUAAUUGCGAUUUUCGGUCAUUUCUUGCAAAUGUUGUUUUUGAAUUUUAUUGAAAACCCUCACAUCGAUAAAAUUUAUGGCCCUUCUAAAAACGAAGUCAAUUUAUCCAAGAUUCAAAAAGUCAAGAGUUUAAAGAAUUUUGAUAACUUGAAACCAUUGGUUGGAUUGUAUAAUUUCACUUUAUUAAGAGCAAGUGAUGUUAUCAAUUUAGUGUUGGUCAUCACUUAUGGUGUUAUUAUUCCUUUUGUGUCCAAGUCAAUUAGUUUGGUAUUUGCCUUGGCUGUAAUUAUGAAAUUGUUUGAAUCUGUUUCCAUUAGUGUUUUGUUAAUGUUACAAAGUCACUACAAGUACUUUACCAAAUGGUGUCUUUCAAAUGAUAUCCCCGUUGAAAAGUCAUUGAAUAAUUGGGCAAUUAUGUAUAAUUCCUUGAUAAACUUGACAUAUUCAUCAUUCUUUGGAUUGAACUUUGCAACUUAUUUACAAGGACAAUCUGUAGAUUUGUUGUUCCAUGAUUGGUUCCAUUUGCGUGUGUUUGUUGGGUUAUUGUUAAUCUUGACUCAAGUUUGGAUCAAUUCGUCAAUUAUUGAUCUGCUUGGUUAUUUUGGAUGGUUUUAUGGUGAUUUCUUCAUUCCUAAAUCUUUACGCACAACUUCUCAAUUAACCAAAGCAGGAGUAUACCGUUAUUUGAACAACCCAGAACAAAUAUUUGGUGUUUGUGGAGUUAUGGGGGUAUUUAUUAUCUUUCCAACGGUGGAGAACCUUACAUGUUGUGCUAUUUGGGUGGUUAACAAUUUCAUCAGAAUUAACUUUAUUGAAAAGUUCCAUAUGAUUAAACUUUAUGGAUUGAAUGAAGUUUUGAAGGACUCCGGAGUUACUAAAACUGUCAAGAAGCAUUUGAUCCCUGAUGCUAUCCAAAGAAGAUUAAGUAAUGAUCCUGAGGAAACAGUUUCACGUAGGAAAUCUAUCAAGAAUAUGACUUCAAUCGCUGAUACCUUGGAUACCUUUAUCAAAGAAUUAACUAACUCAGCUACGAAAAUACCUAAACAAAAAGUAUUGGAAUUAUCACAAAACUUGUCAUUUGCUAAUUCCACUUACAAAUUAACAAUCGAUGGUUUGAAAGAAGAUAAAGAUGCAGCUGAAAACAAUUAUUUACUCAAAUAUACCACUGUUGGCUCUCCAAUCACCGUGUCAUGGGAAUCACCAAAAGAUGCCCACUCAACCAAGGAUUGGAUUGGAUUAUACAAAAUUGUUCAGACUUCAUAUUCCCGUACUAAAACCUUGCUUUCUUCUUCUGGUCGUUGGACCUGGUGUACUGAAUCCCGUGGAUCAUUUACUUUUGAAAAGAAUAAGUUGUUCUGGGAAGAAGGUGUUUAUGAAUUCAGAUACCAUUUAGAUGACAAACACGAUGUUGCUUAUAUUUCUGAACCAUUUGAGAUCAGACCUGCUCAAUUGAGCGUGCCACUUGAUUUGAAUGAAACUGAAGCAUUUGCUCAAGUUUUAAAGUCGGAGAUCUUUGAGAAAUUAUGGAGCAUUGAUGAUAUCAAGACUCCUAUUUCGUCAUAUGCUAAUGAACAUGACAAUAUAUUGGAUGUUUACAGCUUAUUGGGUAAGGUAAUCUCUGAUGCUUGCCAAGUUAAAGUUAGUCCAAAGAUCUUCUUACAUCAUGACGACUUAUCUAUUUUGGAUGUUUCGCGUAAGAUUAUCCAUAUCAAGCAAGUGUUAGAAGAAUUGUCAUAUAACAACGAUGAUUACGCAAUUGAUAAGAAGGAUUUGUAG